CUCACUCCCAAUCCCAAACAAGCCCGCUAAACCUAAGCGUACUCACUGUCACUCGCUUCGCUUCGCUCUUCCCAGUUUCUCCGAUUCUCUGCCCACUUCCCAUAUCUGUAACCGUCAUUUCGCGCCAUUUCAAUAUCUCUCUCUGUCGCUCUCAUUCCUUAUCCGAUCAAUGACGGUUCUUAGGUCCCGCGAGAUCAUCGCUUCCACCAAAACGACGCCGCACAACCCCAAGUCAAGGCUCAAAUUAGAGCCCUCCACGCCAGCCAAGACCCGCGAGUCCCCCAACACUAUCCAAUCUCCACCUCCGCCCCCACCCACCGCUUCGACUUCGACCCCUUCCUCCCAACCCCAAAACCCUAACCCUAAUCCUCAUUCGAACUCCAAACAGUGCUCUGUCGAUUUCGGCUCCGAUUCGACCUCUGUCUCGAGAGUAGCGCGGCGGCGGAGUCUCCGUCUCGCUUCAAAGUGUCCACACUCCGAUCAGGGUAAGAAUCUCGCCCCGGAAAAAAGUCGCAAGAGGAGUACCGCGGGGCGUGAGAAGGGCAAGUGCUCAAUGGCCGAGAAGGAAGUGAAAGAAAAACUUAGGGAAGAAGUUGAUGAUCAUGUUUCGAAUGGAGAGGUGGGUUUUGAUCUGUUUGGAAAGAGGGUUACGGUUGUGGGAGUUGAGAGAGGGACUGAGGUGAUGAAGAAAGGUUUUGGAGAGGAGGGGAAGGUAGAAGUUGAUAAGGGCGAGUUCAGUGGAUUAGGGCUGAGUUUAGACUUGGGAAGUUUUGGGGCCAAUUGUAGUAAAGAAGAGGUGAAGAAAAAAAGGAAGUUGGAGAUCGAUAUUAAUUUUCCGGCUUUAGAAUGGGAAGGGGAAGAUGGAAGAAGUAAAGGGUUUUUGAGUUUGCGGUCAGGGAAGAAAGUCUCGAAGAGAGGACUGGGUGGUGGGCAUAAUGGAGCAUUGGUGAUUGAUUUAGAUGCUGAUGAGAAUGGCAAGGGAAAGUUGGGGGAGAGUGGUUUUGCAUUCAAUGGUGUUGAUGUGGUGGAAUUGGAUUCGGACUCGGAAGAGGAGAGGUCUAGUGAGAAUUUAGUUCAGAGUAGUAGUCCAAGAGGGAAGAGGAAGUUGAGUGCAAUUGAAGGUGUUGCUGAAGAUCUCAAGGAUGAAGUGAUGGCCAGUGAGAAUGGUAUAGAUAAUGGCAGAAGGAGAUACAGCAUUGAAGAAAAAGGGAAGGGGAAAUUGAUUGGAGAAGUGGUCUUAAUGAAUGCUAAUGAUGAAGCGGAAUUGGGUUUGAAAUCAGAAGUUUUGAGCUCAGUGGAGAACGUGGCUGCCAGCCCUAUUCGUAAAAGGGAGAAUGCAGCAUUGCCUGACGAGAGCCAGGUAAACAACAGUAAUACAAGAGAGAAUGCAGCAAGUGGGAACCAGUACAUGGAACGGUUUCGGGAUAUAGCCAGGCGAAAUGCUUCUCGAUUUGCUCAUUUUGCUUCUGAAGAGGAAGAGGAGAAUCAGUUGCCUCCUCAGGUUGAAGUGGCACAGGAUAUCGAAGAUUGGCCUGGUCCCUUUUCUACGGCCAUGAAAAUUAUUAAAGAUCGAGCGGCAAAAAAUGCCCAACUGCCCUCUAAAGACCAGACCAAACCACCAUUCGUUGAAUGGGUUCCUAAAAGUUUUCAGGAUCGUCCCCUCUCAAAGAAUUUGAUCCCCUCACUGCAAGAUCUGUGUUUGUCCUUUCUUGCUAAGAAUGCUGAUGCAAUUGUUUCACUUGAGCAUGUGGCAGAUGCUUUGAGACACCGGCUUUGUCAGAUGCUCUGUGAUUCUCGAAAAAUGAACAGUCAUUUCUUUGAGCUUCUUGUUCAAGGAUUGCCAACAGAGGUUCGCUUAAGGGAUUGCUCAUGGAUGACAGAGGAGCAGUUUACAAAAUCCUUUCAGCAGUGGGAUACCAGCAAUUUAACAGUGCUACAACUUGACCAGUGUGGGCGCUGUGUGGCAGAUUAUAUAUUGCAUUCUACCUUGGCUCGGUCAUCAAAUUGCUUGCCUGCACUAACCACUUUAUCCCUAAGUGGUGCAUGCCGUCUUUCAGAUGUUGGGCUUAGUGCCCUUGUUUCUUCUGCCCCUGCACUAAGAUCUCUAAAUCUCAGCCAGUGCUCCCUUCUCACUUCCUCAAGUAUCGGCACUUUAGCUGACUCAUUAGGAUCAGUUCUAAGGGAACUAUAUCUAAAUGAUUGCCAAGGAAUUGAUGCUCUGCUUAUUCUUCCAGCAUUAAAGAAGCUUGAACAUUUGGAGGUUUUGUGGCUAGGAGGCCUUGAAAAUGUUUGCGAUGAUUUUAUUAAGGAAUUUGUUACUGCUCGUGGUCAGAGUUUGAAGGAGCUUGUUUUGACUGAUUGUGGAAAAUUAACAGAUUCUUCUGUGAAAGUCAUAGCUGAAACCUGUACGGGGUUAUGUGCACUUGAUCUUGUUAACUUGUACAAAUUGACAGAUUUGACCUUAGGAUAUCUUGCAAAUGGUUGUCGAGAAAUUCGAACGUUAAAGCUUUGUAGAAAUGCAUUCAGUGAUGAAGCUAUUGCUGCUUUUCUGGAAACUUCUGGAGAGUGUUUAACAGAACUUUCACUCAAUAAUAUCAAGAAGGUUGGGUACAACACAGCCAUAGCACUUGCCAAACGUUCAAGGAAGUUGCAUACUCUGGAUCUAUCUUGGUGCCGGAAUUUGACGGAUGAGGCCCUGGGUUUAAUUGCAGACAGCUGCCUAUCAUUGAGGAUACUGAAACUUUUUGGAUGCACUCAGUUAACAAAUACUUUUCUGGAUGGCCACUCAAAUCCAGAGGUGAAAAUCAUUGGCUUGAAAGUUUCUCCAAUAUUAGAACAUGUCAAGGUGUCCGAUCCUCACGAAGGUCCAUUGCGCUAUUCAUCCGUCUAUUGAGUUUAAUCCGAGUCCGCAAUAGGCAUCCUGUGGAAACUAUAUUGAGUUCAAUCAGCUAUGAAGAUGCUGGUCGUAUUUGUCAUCUAGAAACAACCCUUUUGCCCUCUAGCUUAUGUAGCCAUUCUAUUUACUUUUGCAAAGUGAAUGCAGAAUUUGCCCUGCAUGUACAAUCAAACAUGAAGAGUAAAGUGGAAAGAUCGAUAUUUUGGGUAGCAUGUCAUAUCAGUCACGUGGGAAUUCUUUCUUCGUCGCACUUUCGGUGGAUGGAUUAUUUUCUUUUCUUUUCUUUUUUAAUAAAAGCGAGAAAAAGAAAGAAAGGGAAUUCUUUCAUCCUCGCACUUUCGGUGGCGGAUGAAUUUUCUUUUCUUUUCUAUUUUUGUAAAAUGGGAAUUACGUGUGGAGAAGGUAAAUGUGAAAGGAAAGUUGAACUUAAAAGAGCCUCUUCGGUUCUCUGGCAACCUUCCUUGGACACUUGUUUUUACGGACUCUAUUUGGCAUUGUUGGAAAUGGAGAUGCAAUUCUAUUUUUAA